AUGGCGGUUGUCAUCACUGAGGGGCUCAACGGGGGCUAUUGGCAUACCGUCGAACAUAUGGCGUGCGAUGGAGGCGAUGGUCGUCAGAGGGCAGCGGGUCUGGACAGCGACGCGUCAGGGGGAUGGAGAGGCCGGCGUGGUGGCUGGACGGAGGCGGGGAAGGUGACAAAGGUGGUGAGGUUCGUGGUCGGGUGCAGCGGCGUUCGAGCUCGUGCAGCACGAGAGAGAGAAGGGGCGGCCGACGAGGCGAGUGGGGGAGGAGAGGUGACGGCGGCGAGAGCUCGUCGGAGCUGGCAGAGGAGGGCGGUCGGAGCUCGGACGAGGCGGCGGACAUGGGGUCGCGAGGGAGAGAGAAACAAGGGUACAGGGGCGGGCGGCAGUGAAAGGCGGUCGCCGGGCGGCGUUCCGCCAGGUGCGGAGGUCGGCGAUGGCGGUUGGGGGGACGGGCCAGGCACGGGACGUGGAUACCGGGAUAGGGCGGCGGUUGUCAGGUUCGGUGCUGGGAAAAGACAAGGAAGGAAGGCAAAGACGCGGACAGAUGUGGGGACAGAGGGCAAGAACAAGAAAGAGGUUUUUCUAGGACAGCAAGCAACAGGCUUAGGGGCCGGCUUUAUAAAAGGGGAGCGCCCCAGCAGAGUAGAGAGCACAUGCAGGGCAGCGCAGGUUCCCUAG